CCAUCUCUGAUGGGAGCCACAGGACUCUGGUGGAUCCAGUGACAGACGCGGCCAUGGCCCUGAGGGGACCCUGCCCCUUGCUCUUCCUGACCCUCAUCCUGCUGGUCGCCGGCCUGGCCCAGAUCAUCACACCACCUGACAGUUACCAAAAGUUUGUGAGCGAACACGUUGAUUUCCCCAAGACCAGACCCCCCAAGGGCCAGACCUACUGCAACUACAUGAUGUGGCGCCUGAGCCAGAAGAUCAAUAUGUGCAAACUCACCCACACCUUCAUCCACGCCCCCACCAGCCGGCUCCAGGCCAUCUGCACCACGGGAGGGAGAUGCAACCAAAACAACGAAUGCGACAGCAAUGCAGCCUACCCCCUCACCACCUGCCGCGUGCGCAGCCCGCCCCGCCCACCACGCUGUAUCUACAGGGGAAUACCCCAGACCCGCAGGAUCCGCGUGGCCUGUGUUGGGGGGCUGCCCAUGCGCUUCAUCAGAGUCCUGUAG